AUGACAAUAACAUACAUAAAGCUCUAUACACCAUCGUCAUCAAAUGAUACAUUAUUAAAAGAUAUUGAACGACGACAAGAUAUUUUAUUAAAAAAACUUGAACAUUUAUUUAAUGAAAUAAGUCAAUAUGCAGAAUUUCAAAAGAACAAUCCAAAAGAACCUAUUCAAGAAGAAUUAGUUGUGCAUCUUUCAGCAAAACAACCAUCAAAAAAUAUAUUAAAUUUUAUAGAACAAAAUCAUAACAAAUUUUCAAUUCGAACAUAUCGUCAUUCAUCUUUACAUGGUAUCUCAUUUAAUAAUCCAAUUCAAAAUGUAUCAUCUUCAUCAAAUAAUCGUUUAUUAACAAUUAUUUGGAAUGAUGACAAGGAAAAUCUUCCUUAUAUGUUUUAUUC